AUGGACCUAGAUACUGCUUACAUUGAACCAUUGAUUUACGAUUGGAUGGAACAUCUUCAGCAAACUAUGAGAAAACAGGAGCAAGAACAGAUUGCUAAUGCAACCAAUUUUGCCAUGCCAUUUGUAGCGAUUCCAGCAUCUACUAUGAAAGCUGCCUUUAAGAUAGCGGAAUACUUGGAGUUAGAGCCAAAUGUCAAGUAUAUGGCUAUUGAACUGUACGACAGAUUCAUGUGUAAACACUUUUGGGAGCUUUACAAGACUGAGUUUGCGAAUGAUCCAUCUGAAGCAUCAUGGUUUAAAAUAUGCAAGAAAACUUCUAAUCAAACAAAAUUAAAUCUAAUGUCAUGUUUUCAAUUGGCAUGCAAAAUGGAUUCUCAUUCCAGCACCUUAGGAAUAUCGCAGAUUCUUAAUAUUCUAUAUCUGAUUGACAAAGAGUCUGAAUAUACGCGAAAUAUGAUUUCCUCUUCGGAAAUUAAAGUUUUCAAAACAGUAGGAUUUACAAUGCCCCUUUACACACCAUUGCACUGUAUCGAAAUUCUUCUGGCGGCGACAGGUCUCGGAGAAACGCCAAAUACGUUUAACGUUUCGAUAGAUUUGUUGGAUUUGGCUUAUCUAAAGGUUUAGAUAUUAUCUAAUUUAUUUCUUCAUAUGAUUGACAAUUUAUACAAUACAUAUUUCACUAAGUUGUAUACAUUUCCAGCAUGACAGAUUAUAUUCGCAAUUUUAUCAUUUAUAUUACAUACAUAAAGAUACUAUAAACGCGGAAUAUGUAGCCCGAA